AUGGUGCUUCUUGAUCAUCUGUGGGACGAUGUGGUGGCAGGGCCGCAACCGGGGCGCGGCCUCAAACACCUCAAAAAGGUGUACACCAGCCCCAACGAUGGAGGAGAGGGGAGUGGCAUCGUGUACCAGAGGUCUCUGUCGAUGCCGUCGAGCCCUUUGACGCCGGGAACGCCGACGAAUAUGUCCCCCACGGCUGGGAAAAAGGACAAUGUGUGGCGGAGCUGUUGGAACAUUUUAAUAUGCGUCUUCAACCCGGGAAGCAAUUCCGCCACCAAAAACGUCGGAGCUGACUAUUUUGAUAAGCCGCAGCCCAACUCCCCUACUGUCUAUGAUUGGCUUUAUAGUGGGGAUACUAGGAGCAAGCAUCGUUGA